AUGGUCUCCCCCCUCAUUUUGGCUCCGAAGCCAAUCAAAGAGAAUAAACUUGCACGAGCAUGGAGAAGACUCUCAAGUGAAUCUUCAGCUACCAAGUCAAAGUUGGUUAGCGAGAAAGAUUCAAAUUUGAUGAAUUUAAGACGCACUUCAACAAUCAACUUUGGUGGAAAGAAAUCCUCCCUCGAACAACACCAAAGACACGCCAGUGUACAGAUGGAACCAGCUGCCAAGAAAAUGGAGCCUGUUGGAGAGGAAGGCGUCGGUGAACUUGGUGGUUUUGGAGGACUUGGGAUCAACUUCUAUGAUCACCUUGGUAACAGACUUUCGCCACAGGCAAUGAUGUCGCCAAUGUUGCCGCCUCGAGUACCAGGUACUCAAUCUCCUCGAGUACCUGGUACUCAGAAGCCUACAUCGCCGCUUCCAAAGGAUCCACCUAUCACCGCACGAAAACCUUUGGUAAUUCGUGAAUCCUUUACCCGAAACUUCACCUUUCCUGGAACUCCAGAACCCGUCGUCGAUAGCGAAGAAUUUCUCCGCGACCUUCUUGAGAAAACUCUUCGUGAUCAAUCGGACGCUCUUUGCCCAAGCCCCGCGAGUAGUAGAAAGACCUCUGCUCGCGUCAACACACCAAAGAGCAACCGCCAAGUGUCUGCUACCAAGCCAAUUGUGACUUCUGACGCUUUUGGAUUCAGAAACUAUACUGCACCGCUGAAUCUACCCACCUCACCUGCGGUAACAGCAUAUACACCAACUCGAGGCCCAAAAUCGGGUAUUACGGCAGCAGCACAUGCUCGAAUUUUGACUCUGCGGACACCAAAUAACACGGAAUCAGAGGGUGCUGAUUAUUUCACCAAACGUAAAACCAGCGAAGAAAAUAGCGGUUUUACUCCCGAGGCACCAAAAGACACCUCAUACCCACUAAACUCCAACGCUAAUUCUAAAAUUUACCGAAUUCCAUCUUCCCCUACAAUCGCCAAGCGCUCUUCCCGAUCUAAGCCACAACCACAACGUGGUGAACUCUACUUCUUCGAACACGAGCGACAAAAGAUUGAACAACUCGUUGCACAGAGCAAAAACAGAAAUUGCGCAAAGCAUAAGAACUGUACCGACUGUAUUGAAAAGGAAUACGCAUACUACGAAAAUAAAAUCAUGUCUACUUCGAUGCCCCCAGAACGUCGCCAACAGAUCAUGAAGGCUAAUAGAUCUAUUCGCAAUAUCAAGAAUGAACUGGAAAACCUUCUCGAAGAUGAACUCAUCACAUACGAAGCGUAUGAGCUUAUGAUUAGCAGACUGCCUACCGAAAACAGCUUGAACACGACAACUCCUUCUGCCCUUCGUGCCAAUGUUGUCUCCCCAGCACCAGCACCAGGACCAGUCGCUCCAGUUGCGGCAUUCUCACAAUUGAAUGUCAACAACGAUAAUCCUCCGCCCUCAUACCAAUCUACUCCCAACCUUCCUCCUCGCGGACCAACUCAACUACCUGCUCGACCAGAGAUCGGACGCGCUACUGCUCUUUACCGUUACACUGAGUCUGAAGAUUGUAACUUUGAAGUUGGCGACAUCGUUAUCAUCUUUGAAUAUAUGAAUGACGAUUGGUGGAUGGGCAAGAAUGAAAAGACUGGCAAAGAGGGUGUAUUCCCAGCAAACUAUGUUCAGAAGCACACCAGCCAAUUUGCGCCUCAGCCUGCCAACUAUGGUAACGAGAAGGCAACUUACUCCCCAUACGGUUCCCAACAACAAGGACCUCCUCCACCUGGACCCAGCAAUCCUUACAACAGCUCUGUUCCUCCAAUGGCCGUCGCAGAACAACCUACUGACGACAAGGCCGGCAAGGUAGGAGGAAUGGGAAAGAACAUUGGCAAGAAAUUGGGUAACGCUGCUAUCUUCGGUGCUGGAGCAACAAUUGGUGGUAACAUCGUCAACUCGAUCUUCUAA